AUGAAGACAUCACAAUCCCUUGGUAUACUUGCUCUUUUUGCUCAGGUGAGGACAUCUUCCACAUCGGCGAGAUCAACCGAAGUAAUACAGACGCAGAAUGCACUCACAGUGUCGAGCAACGUAGGGUCGCCGGACGACUCUUCCAAAAAUGCGCUCGUGAACGCACCAGGAUGUUCAGGCUUGCUUAGCAGCAACAACAAGCGCAUACAGUCAAGCGGCGGGACCGAAUUCGCUGUGACAUGCAAUUCUGACUUGCCCGAAGAAAUGGGAAAGAUCUGGAGCGGCAACAGUGUAUCGCUCGCCGACUGCAUCGAGCGUUGCGAGAACACAACGUCAUGCACAGCUGCAACGUUCAAGGAACAGGCAAGGACGAACUCGACGAAUUGCUUGCUACAGGCAGUCCUUAUCGGCCGAGCCAUCAAUCCUGCGCCACGAAAUGGAUCUUCACUGGCUUACAAGACAGCAGAUACGAAAUGCUCAGCACUUCUGGCGCAAGGUGGACGAGUACAGCUACCAGAGCGAAGAGACUACACUUUACAGUGCAAGACCGACGUAAUACCUGAGACCGCGCUUCGCUCGACUUACAUGGGAUCGAUGAAUGAGUGUCUCAUAGCUUGCGACACCGAGGAAGGCUGUGCUGCGAUAUCAUAUCGAGAGUUGGAUCAGAGGUGUACUCUCGCAAGCGCCGACAAAGCGGUCAGAUUUGUGUCAAGCAAUGCUACGGACGUAGCCUAUCUGACGGCACUGGAUAUCACCAAGCCUCUUGAGAAGGAGGUCACUGGCAGUUGGGGCCGCACGAUCGACUUUCCAGUUAUACCAGUCGCCGUUGCGCUUCUACCAAACUCACAGAAGCUAUUGGCUUGGUCUGCCGACUACGAGGACGAUUACACAAUUACGUACAACAACACAGAGCAGAUUCACUCAUUUCGCCGAGAUGGACAUCUCUACACAACAUGUCACGGUCGAGAAGGUAGCCAAUACUCAUCACUGUCCUUCCUGCGCCUUCUGCUAGGUGCUACGAUCAGUGUGCUCGGGAACAUGUUUUGCCCUGGGAUUACCUUGGACGCCAUGGGCCGGAUGAUUGUCUCGGGAGGCUCGACAGAUAAGCCAGUCAGUGUUUAUGACGCCGACAUUGGGAAUUGGACAGCUGCAUCGCCAAUGCACAUCGGACGAGGCUAUCAAUCUAGCGUGCUUACCUCCAACGGCGAUGUGUUUGUGCUUGGUGGCAGCUGGAGUGGUCCCAACGUGACCAAGUACGGAGAAAUCUACGACACCAGAGCAGAUACCUGGACAGAACUUCCUGGCUGUCCAACGGCGCCAAUGCAGACACAGGACAAGAAAGGUAUCUAUCGAUCGGACAAUCAUGCAUGGCUCUUCGGCUGGAAGGACGGCUCUAUCUUCCAGGCCGGGCCCAGUAAAGCGAUGAACUGGUUUUACGCCAACGGAUCGGGCAGUUAUAGUCCUGCGGGCCUUCGAGGUGACGCCGAGGACAGCAUGUGUGGCAAUGCGGUCAUGUAUGACGUUGGGAAGAUCUUGACGGCUGGCGGCUCUCCGAGUUACGACAACACUGUUGGCCACUAUGCUGCCCAUCUCGUCAGCUUGCCCAGCGCAGCCAAUGGAUCUGUGGAUGUCAGUCGGGCGCCAGACAUGGUCUAUCCACGCGUGCAAGCGAAUAGCGUGGUACUUCCGACGGGCGAGGUUUUCGUCACAGGAGGACAAGCUUUCUCAGACAUCUUCACCGACUAUCAGGCUAUCUAUUACUCCGAGAUGUUCGAUCCAAGGACCAAAUCAUUUCGACUGCUCGAUGCUAUGCAGCCUAUACCGCGGACGUAUCACUCGGUCGCGAUACUUCUGCCAGAUGGAACAGUGUUUACAGGUGGCGGAGGGUUGUGCGGGCCAUGUCGCUGGAAUCAUCUUGACGGAAGUAUCUACGAGCCGCCAUAUCUAUUCAAGGGCAAUGAGUACGCAAAGCGACCAUUUAUUACUCGCACAGGCACGGACGAGUCGACGACAGCCCUAAGCUUCACAGCUGGAGCAGAGGUAACGAUUACAGUUUCACCUCCCGUCUACUCUCAGGCAGGACAUACGUUCGCAAUUGUGCGGGCAGGCUCGGCAACGCAUAGCACGGACACGGAUCAGCGAAGGGUGCCUCUACGGCCGAUAUCACAAGCACCAAAUGGGAGUGACGUCCAGUAUACAGUGCAGCUUCCCAGCGACUAUGGAACGUUACCAGCAGGAUGGUAUAUGCUGUUUGCAUUGGAUGAUGACGUGCCUAGUCUUGCGACCUGGAUCCGGGUAGCCUUGCCGUAG